UCACAGCUGAUUUCCGUGGAUGGCGUGUUUUCGCUGGAUCAGAUGUUCGUCCUCAUCUCGCCGAGGCAUGAAUGCGCUUCUCAUCAGACUCGAACCAGCCGUGGUACACUGACAUACGGUUAGCAGACACACAGACGUUAUGGCCCAGGCUACACAGAUGAACGUCCUCGACAUUAACACGCCAUUUAGAGUGGAGCACGACAAGAAAAGGCGACAAUUCAGCAUCAGACUCAACGGUUCCCAUGACAGGGCUGUGCUGCUCUAUGAAUAUGUGGGGAAGAAGACUGUUGAUCUACAGCACACUGAGGUUCCUGAAGCAUACAGAGGACGAGAGAUUGCCAAAUACUUAGCCAAGGCCGCAAUGGAUUUUGUGGUAGAGGAGGACCUGAAAGCUCACUUGACCUGCUGGUACAUCCAGAAAUAUGUCAAAGAAAAUCCUCACCCCCAUUACUUGGAGCACAUCCUUCAUUGAAAGCAUGAGAGAAAUGAGGACAGGAAAUGAAGUUCUCUCAAUUCGAAUAGGAUGUUUUGGGAUUGGGUGGGGGGGAUAUCCCUAACCUGUCUGACUGGUCUUGAAAACUCCACUAAAACGAAAGAUUUAAUUGUUGUUUGUGAGAGAGAGUGAAUGAGACUGGAGGAGAAGUAUAUGAAACUAUACAGCGUGUGUAUGUGUAAUGAUUUCUCAGAGCUUUUCUUAUGGGCAGGGAGAGAAGAGUGUGGACUUCGAGGUGGGCAAGAGAUUCUGUCUCUUAGUAACUAAAAGUGUUUUGGUAUUUUCAAGCCAAGUCAUGGCGUAGCACCCUUUAUGAAUUCAGUAUAUCAACUGUUUGAUAUGAUCAUAAGAGCGUUCCAAGACUCCAUGUGGCUCUCUGGCCAUAUGCCUUCAGGUUUAGUGGUGCUUAUGAGAAAGAUGCACAUGUAUGUAUUCCCGCACACCCAAAGAGGAUCUCAAACAAUACGCAGUGCACAUCCAGCCUGGCAUUGAUUUAAGGAAUAGCACAAUCAGUGUCCUAGAAGAAACAGCCAUUUUAUUCCGUGCAUGUUUCGGGCUGCUUUUGCAUGUGUGGGUCUAGUAUAUGGCCAGUGAGGAACUCCCAGAGAUGAUAAAGACAAUCGCCCACCCUAUAAUUCGCAGGGCUGAACCUCUCAGGAUGCACACUUAAUAAAAACAAUAAUGCACCUCUGCAUAGGGGAUUCUGUUACAUGUUGUAGGGUGUGUGAGAGAGAUGCCUUGAAUGGAAUGGGUGAAUGUAUGAUUGUCAACGUAAAUACUUUCCAUUAUUCACUGAGCGUGAUUCAUUAUAUGCAGGGUAGGCAGUACACAGAGCAGGCUGUGGCAUAUUCUGCACUGUGAUAUAAACGUGUGCCACCCUCAAUGAUCGUGAUAUUCUUGGUUAUGAUCAUGGAGGCCAUAAUUUAAAGGAAAACAAGUAGACUCUGUUACAACAACACCUUGAAUAUUUAUGAUGUUACACAGACUAAAGAUGCCUGGAAUUCAUUGGUUUUUAAACACUUAUGUACUCUUACUAUUACUCUUAAUGGUUUU